AUGCGCCAAUAUUUCAAGCGCCUGGAGCGCUGUGAGUAUCUUCCGACCGAUGCCCCUGGUCAUGGCUUUGAUGGCUGGCUCGGUACUAAUCGUGCUGAUCUCAAAUUGGCACUGAAAGACUUCAAGAUCCUCUCUAUCAUCGGUGCAGCGGCUGCAGCCAUGGGCAAUCGUAUCCUGAGCGUGAUCCACGAGAAGGUUUCCCAGCUCGGACUCCUACUGCGGGACGUUAAUUCCGUUGAUGCUCGCCGGGAUAUGACUGAGGGCAUCUACCAGCUCCCCCUGGCCGUGAGUCGCGCUAAGCGAAGUGGUACUCGGGACUUGGUUCUGAAUACAGCCAAGGAGUUUCCGCUGGAAAUUAGGACAUGCUGUCUUGCUACCCGUGUACGGUUUGAAGAGGGCGGUAGCACCAACGCCCCUCCGAGAGCGAUUGGGGUCAAGUUCCUCGAAGGGAGCAGUUUAUAUAAGGCCGAUCCUCGGUCCAGUUCAUCCGCCACCGGGACCAAACGUUGCGUUUUCGUCUCUCGAGAGGUCAUACUCGCAGCGGGAGCUUUCGGCACCCCGCAGCUUCUCAAGUUGAGCGGUGUCGGUCCUGAAGACGAGUUGCAAAAGUUUGGGAUUCGUGUCGUGAGAGAUCUACCGGGCGUUGGAACCAAUCUCCAGGACCGCAACAAGAUUCCUGUCGUUACCAAGAUACAAGAUGACUUCCCGGUCAUAGCCAAUUGCACGUUCGGGAGACCGGGAGACCCAUGCCUAGAAGACUGGUACCGGCAGCGUGGGCCUUACCUAUCGAAUGGGCUCACUAUUGGGAUCGUGAAAAAAUCCAGUCAAUCCGAUAUUGACCCUGAUCUCUUCAUCUUCGGUGGUCCAGCGUUCUUUCGGGGUUACUAUCCUGGAUACUCAGAACUCACCACCUUAGACAAGAAACACUUCACCUGGGCGGUCCUCAAGGCUCACACGCAUAACCAGGACGGAACGAUCAUACUCACCUCAGCCGAUCCGCGAGACGUGCCCGAUAUCGAUUUCAAUUACUUUACUACGACCCCGGACGAGGCUCAGGAAUCGGACCGUGAUCUUGGUGCCAUCACCGAAGGCCUUGAAUUUGCGCGCCGCAUUAUGGACGGUGUCCUACCGAUCUUCACUGGUUCCCUGGAAGAGGCAUCGCCUGGUCGUCAGGUGGCCUCUUCUGAGCAAGUUAAAGAAUUCAUCAGAAAUGAAGCCUGGGCCGUUCUGGAUUCCCGUUUUCGUGUUCGAGAUGUGAGCAGCCUACGCGUCGUGGAUGCGUCCGUCUUUCCUCGCAUUCCCGGUUUCUUUAUCGUCGUUCCCAUCUACAUGAUUAGUGAGAAGGCAUCCGAUGUGAUCCUUGAAGAUAUUGGCGAGAGAAGCCAUGUCUAA